AUGUCUUCAAACUGGGAACAGCUGGCGGCCGAUAAGAGGAAGCGUCUGGCGAAGACCAUUCCUCAGCAAUGGAGGAUAAGAGAGGUGCCAGGCAAUGACUCUGUCAUCGACUACCCCAGGACAGCGGGAAUCCUCUCUAAGCGAGAGCUGGAGAUUACCGAGUUGUGUGCUUCGCAGCUUGUUUCGAACCUCGCCAGCAACAGUCUGUCUGCGGUCGAAGUGACACUGGCAUUCUGCAAGCGCACAGCGAUCGCGCAGCAGCUGACGAAUUGUGUUCACGAGUUCUUUCCAGAAGCUGCCUUCUCACAAGCGAAGGAGCUCGAGGAGUAUUUUGCAAAGCACGGAAAGCCCGUUGGCCCUCUGCACGGGUUGCCCGUCUCCCUCAAGAAUCAGCUACGAGGCUACGAAACAUCAAUGGGCUAUAUCUCCUGGCUAGGCAAAUACGACAAAGAAGAUUCGGUAAUGACACACCUUCUCCGGAAAGCCGGCGCAAUCUUCUACGUGAAAACCAGCGUGCCCCAAACCGUAUUGGUCUGUGAGACCGUCAACAAUAUCAUUGGGACAACGACGAAUCCCCGCAACAGGAACUGGUCGUGCGGCGGGAGCUCUGGCGGCGAGGGCGCCUUGCUCGCAAUGCGUGGAAGCGUACUCGGCGUCGGAACAGAUAGCGGCGGGUCCAUUAGGGUUCCCGCUGCGUUCAACUCAAUGUAUGGGCUCAGGUCGAGUCAUGGAAGGUUGCCGUAUGCAAAGAUGGCGAAUAGUAUGGAGGGGCAGGAGACGACGGUUCAUAGUGUUGUUGGCCCGAUGGGGCAUUCAGUCGAGAACCUCCGUCUGUUUGUCCAGGCUGUCCUUGAGCAGGAGCCGUGGAAGUUUGACUCCAAGGUUAUCCCGAUGCCCUGGAGGCAAAGCGAGGCGGACAUGGUCAGGGCCAAGAUCCAAACUGGUGGACUCACAAUCGGAGUGUUUAACUUUGAUUGCAACGUCCUCCCACACCCUCCCGUACUCCGCGGCAUCGGAAUAGCCGUCGCCGCGCUGAACAGGAACGGCCACAAAGUCGUGCCUUGGAAGCCGUACAAACACAACCAUGGCUGCGAGUUGAUGAACAGAGUCUGGGCGGCCGACGCCAGCACUGACCCAAUUGGUAUAAAAGAACUGUGGGAGAUCCAAACGGAAAGAUGGGCCUACCAAAACGAGUACCUGGAGAAAUGGCGCGAGGCCGAGGACCAACUGGGCACAGUGCUUGACGCGAUCAUCGCGCCUGUUGCCCCCGCUGCUGCUGUUCGGCAUGGACGGUUCGGCUACUCGUUUCUUAUCAACCUGUUGGACUUCAUCAGUGUCGUUGUUCUGGUGGGAUUUGCCGAAGCCGGCAUAGAUCGUAGGAACCAGGUGUAUGUACUGGUGAGUGAGUUAGACAAGGCUAUGCAGGAGGAAUACGACCCGCAGGCGUAUCACGGGGCUCCUGUCGCGGUGCAGGUUAUUGGCAGAAGGCUGAGCGAGGAGAAGACGCUGGCAGUUGCGAAAGAGCUUGCGAAUUCGCUGGGAAGGAAGGAAGCUGUCUCCCUGGUACUGAAUUCCAGGCUGUAG